AUAACUCUAUUACGCUGCGGAUAGAUGUCGCAAACAAUUUUUUGAUAGUCGGCAACAUCAAAACACCGCAAGUAGCAUGCAAAGUGAUGAGUUCUCUAGGUUUGUUGCAUUGUGUAAUUUUUGCAAGUACUUACAAGUGUUGAAAAAUGCCGGUAAUAGGAAAGAAGACAGCACUUCGCUUUCAGAUAAAAGCAAAGUGUAAGGUGUCUAAAGCACGUUCAAGUUCAAUGGGUGUAAUACACCAUGAGGUAGAUACGCCAGUUUUUAUGCCAGUUGGCACACAGGGUACACUGAAAGGCCUCCUGCCUGAUCAGUUGGAAGCACUGGGCUGCCAGAUAAUGCUGGGAAACACUUACCAUCUGGGAACAAGACCAGGACCUUCUGUAAUCAUGAAGGCUGGUGGUCUACACAAGUUCAUGAAUUGGAAUAGAGCACUCUUGACCGACUCUGGAGGCUUUCAAAUGGUCUCACUGCUAAAGUUGGCAGAAAUUACGGAAGAAGGAGUAAAAUUUCAAUCUCCUUAUAACGGAUCAGAAGUUAUGUUGACUCCAGAGCGUUCCAUUGAGAUUCAGAAUUCAAUAGGUGCUGACAUAAUUAUGCAGCUGGAUGAUGUAGUGAGAACAACAACAACUGGGCCUCGAGUGGAAGAAGCGAUGCUUCGCACCACAAGAUGGUUGGACCGGUGCCUCGGAGCUCAUCAGAAUGCUGCCACACAGAGCAUCUUUCCUAUUGUGCAAGGUGGACUAAGUAAAGCACUGCGCACUGAGAGUGUCAAGCAGUUGAUACAAAGAGACGUUCCUGGUUUUGCUAUUGGUGGCCUCAGUGGAGGGGAGAGCAAGAAUGAUUUUUGGAAAAUGGUGCACCUAACAACAGAUUUACUGCCAGAAGACAAGCCACGAUAUUUGAUGGGCGUGGGCUUUGCGGUUGACCUGGUGGUGUGCUGUGCUCUUGGAGUGGAUAUGUUUGACUGUGUAUUCCCUACCAGAACAGCGAGAUUUGGAUGUGCUCUUACCUGCAGUGGGCAGUUGAACCUCAAACAGAAGAAGUAUGCCAAAGAUUUCCAGCCCAUUGAUGAAGGAUGUGACUGUUCAACUUGUGAACGGUACACCCGUGCAUACCUACAUACCAUUGUGACAGUGGAACCUGUUGCUUGUCAUUUGUUGUCUGUACACAAUAUUGCAUAUCAGCUACGACUCAUGCUCUCAAUACGAGAGAGCAUAGAGCAGCAGCGGUUCCCUGAGUUUGUUUGUAAGUUUAUGGCCAACAUUUACACAAACAAAGAAUAUCCACAAUGGAUUGUGGAUGCUCUUGCAGCAGUAAACAUCCACCUUGACCCUGCAGAUCCCACAGCUGAAAACUAAUUUAACUGGACUAUUUUUUUAAUGCUGUACAAAAAUAUUUGCCAAGUCGUCCAGUUACAUUUGGAACAGUGUGUCAGAGUUUAAUAGAACUGGGUGAGAUUUCAGUUUUCACAGCAGGGAGUAUGAAGGUGACUGUCUUAUUUAAUUAAACUGAUCCUUGAAGAACUGUAAUAAUAGAGAUAAGAUAUAUGAGACCAUUGGAUUGUAUUGUCCAUUCUUCAUCCUCCCACAAUUGUUCCUCUUUAUAUAUUGUCAGCUCUAUCCAUUCUCUCUUCUGCAAAUCUUCCCCCACUUGUAUUUAUUAACUUUUAUUGUACAUGAUUUACAAGUUUUCCCAUGGGCAUUCUAGGAACAUAUUAAACACUUGGCAUAUAAUUAA